CGCGCCUCCGACACGAGUGCUGUUCGAGCGCGGCAACACACACCUCUCCACACGCAGCGGAGUAUGCUACAGCAGAUGUCCUCGCCGCCGAGCGCACAAGCCGGCGAGGUCGCGACUGUCGUGCGCCACCUUGAAGGCCGCGUCUGUGGCGACGUGUCUUCGGAGGCCUCCUCGGACGCUGCAGAUGAUUUUGAGUUACCACAGUGCAAGAUAAGGAGGAAUUAUAACUGCACGAAGUGCACGUUCUUUACGCAGAACCCGCGCGCUUAUCUCGUACACACGCGAGACGCUCACUUUGUUAGACUCAAGAUUUACGAUUGUCCGUAUUGUGUUUAUGCUUCGAGACAUCAUCAGAAGCUGGUAAGGCACGUCAAAAUGAUUCAUGGAGUAUCAAAGAAGACGUCUUCCACAACCACUACCAAAGGUGAUGUUGCGUUAUCACCGCCCUCUAACGAGAACGUGGAGCAAGCAGAACGCAUUGAAGACUUACUGGAAGAAGUCGAGGACUGCGAGGAUAUGAUGAUGGAAGUAGAUGAAGACUCCAUGGACGAUAACGACAUCGACAGCAACAGAAAUGUUGAUCAAACAGCGCCCUCUGAUGAAAUAAAACCUAAUAAACAUAAUUAUUUCUCAUGCGAUAAGUGCAACUAUUUCACCAGCAUAAAGGCUAGAUUCACAAAACACGUCAAGUACCAUUCAAUGCCUAUGAUAAAGUGUACAAUAUGCGAUUUUCGAACACCAUACAAGUGGAAUUUGGACCGUCACAUGAAGAACCACGGUGGGACUGGGAAUUUCAAUUGUUCAAUGUGCAACUUCACGGCGGACAUCAAGCAGAGUCUGACGGUGCACGAAAUGAAUCAUCACACACCGGCAGCGGGAGCGGGCCAAUCGCUGUUCAGUCGCCGCCGCAACCGGGUGGGCGCCAGCGACACGGUUACCGCGGAGCUCGACGCAGCGAGCGCGUUGCUCCCCAAGGAGGAAGAAGGGAGCGGCGACUCACGGUCCUCACACUCGGUCUCGGAUAUGGGGCUACAAUACGCAGAAAGAGAACUAGUCAGUUGUAAAAGUGAUUCAAACGAUGCAACAGCGUCGCAUGAUGCAAUCACUAAAAAGGACAAUUCAAAUGAUGGCUACAGCCAGCUUUCACCCACACACAGUACAGAUGAAAAACAAAGACAGAGCAGAAAGGUUCCUAGACCAAUACCACAACUCAUACCGCUAAAUUCUUCAACUCCUAAUCAAAAACAACCAUGUUCUGGCGAGCCACCAAACAAGAAGUUAAAAGAAUCUCUACACAACGACAUCGAUGACGUCUCAAGUGAAAAUUCACUUUUAACAGGAAACCCACCAACCAAAGAAACCACAGGGCGAAAGAAAAAUGAAUCAUUUUUCGAUAAAUUGAAAGAACGACUGUUAACAGAGACCGGGGAAGAAGGAUCUCUAAUAUGCAAAAACUGUGGUUUCGAAAGCAAGUGCUUGUCAGAACACUCUGUUCACGAGAAGAAUUGUGCGCCGCAAGCUAACCGGAUCAAUGCAAACGCAUCCCACAAAAGUUUAAGUUCAACUCGCUGCCAGAAUUGCAGACACAGAUGCAAGUCGAGUGCAGAUUUAUACAUUCACAUGCAAACAUGUGGAAAGAGCGCAAACAUAGACGAUGAAAACGCAUUGAAAAAUCAAGACAGCAAUGAUGGAAUAAUUCCAAUACAUGACAAAGAAAGUGAGCCACAUCCAAUGGAAAACGUCGUUUUUGUUUGGAACAAUUUUAAUCAAAACAACCCUAACAAGUUUGAAAUGCCUCUAGACAUAAGUAUCAACGAUGAUAGCACUUUACCAGCAGAAUCACAAAGGAAUUUCGAUGCUGAAAUUGUUGAUGAUAAUGAGAGCAUGAAUCUGUCGCCGAGUCAAGCUAUUGGACGGAAAGUAUUUAAAUGUCCGCAUUGUCCAUUUUUCUCCACAACAGCGUCGAGGUUCCACGUACACAUCGUGGGGCAUUUGAACAAGAAGCCAUUUGAGUGCUCCCUCUGCAAAUACAAAUCAAAUUGGAGAUGGGAUAUAACCAAGCACAUCAAGUUGAAGUCCGCCCGGGAUCCUGAACAUAAUGAAGCUAAGGUACUCAUGACUGAUGAGACUGGCCGACGUAAUUACAGCAAAUAUAAUAAAUUCUUAGCAAUGCCUGUUCUAAAUGAAAAUGGAGAAAAUGAGUUUCAUUACUUGGAUCCUAAUACUGCAGUGGACAGCUCAAUGGAAAUAGACGAACCAUUCAAUGAUAUGUCAGAGGUCAUGAAUGUACAAUUUGAAAUGCAGCCACUAAACUUACAGACACAACAUGCUGAAGAUAAAAAUGACUUUUUAGAGAAUAGAGCUCUCGAUGACGUGAAGAAACCUAAAAAAACAUUAUGGAAAUGCAAAAAGUGCAACUACAAAGAUCCCUCAAAAGAAGCUCUCUUGGAGCAUGUACGACAGCACUCCAGGUCAGACGGUUUCCACGAGGAACCGAAACCAGUGCCUAAGAAACUCGAGAACAAUACUCCUGACCCAGCUGACCUGGCGUAUCGUUGUGGCCAUUGUAACCAAUUAUCCAACUGGAAACAUGUUAUACAGCGUCACUGCCGAUUAAAGCAUGAUGGAGUGAUAAAAGUUAUAACAACAGUCAAACCAAAACCUGAUCCACCGAUGAACAUCAACGAGAUCAAUAUUGACACCUGCAACAAGUGUCCGUACAGGACGAGUGACAAGAAGCUCCUCAUCGCUCAUUUACAACAGCAUCAACCCUCAGCCAGCUCUAUUUUCAAGUGCUACUUCUGCCCAUUCUUCGUAAAGGACGAACCUGAAUUAAUACAACAUUUACUUCUUCAUGGUAUUACCGACCCAGAAGAUUACAUCGCAAAAGCCAUGGGUGCUAAAUCCCCCGCACCAGAACCUCAAGCACCUGCAGCUCCAUCAAUGAACCACACCAAACGACACAAAUGCAUUGAGUGUCCAUACGAAACCAACAGCAAGUCACAAUUCAUGUAUCAUGAACAGUUCCAUCGACUGCCCGCAGAUACACCUUAUAAAUGUCCAGAAUGCAACUAUAGCGUAUCCAAGCGACACCUGCUCCAUCAGCACCUUCGCGUUCACGGUAUAGCAACUAAAAGAAUGGAAUCUGAAGCAGAACUAGAAGCAUCAACGUCAUCACAAAAUAAGUCAGACUCAAAAGCAGACUACCACAACAAUCUGGACGAAAUACCCUACGUUUGGGUUUCAGCGAAGAACGAGUUCCAUAAAAUGUACAAAUGCAGAUACUGUUCGUAUGUAAAUGCAAUUAAAUGUAAAAUACCCAAUCAUGAAAAAAUUCACUACGUCGUAUUCGAAAAUAAUGAUACAACAAUUUACAAGUGCUGGGAAUGCAAAUAUACCUGUGAUAAUGCCGCUAGACUGUCAGAACAUUCCAAGAUGCACGGAGAAAUAUAUGGUAGAAUUUAUUGUCCUGUUGAGGAUGACAUACCUGACGAAGAACAGAUCAUGAAGCUAAGAAAAGUUAUAGAACUUGAAAAAAUAACAAACCCCGAAUCAUGUUCUAGAGAUGAAUCUACAACUGAAAACGGAGAAAUUAAAAUUAUAUACUUUUGUCAAAAAUGUCCCGCCAGAUUCCUUGACGAAGGAGAAAUAGAAGUUCAUAAAAAGGGACAUCAUGAAUCACAUCCAAACAAAUGUAAAAGUUGCGAUUUCGCAGUUACAGAAGAGGACGAAUUGACCGCUCAUUCUAGUGUUCACACAGAUGAAUAUCACACAAAAACAAAGAUGCUUAAAUUCAUUCACAACACUCAUCCUUCACACCGCCAACCCAUAUUAGAACUCGUUCACUGCCCUAAAACCUCAGAAAUAACAUGGAUUGCCACCGGUCCCUGUAAACUGGAAACUGCCGAAACUCAUACGAAAAAACUAGGUGAGUCAAAAAGUGUGCCACGACAAUAUAGUUGUAACCAAUGCCCUGCGAAGUUUUUCAAGAAUUCGGCACUUACAUAUCACAUGGGGCUCCAUGGAGGAGAAGGAGAAUACAAAUGUAAAAAAUGUAACUAUGCCGUAAAGAACAUUGGAAAUCUAGCUAAACAUGAAUUACUUCACGAAAACGAAAAUAAGGCAAGUUGUGAUUAUGAAUCUGGUGAAGACAUGGAUUAUAAAAACAUUCCUUUGUCUGGCACUGAUUUGUUCCAGAGAAAGACUGAGGCACAAAAGAGAGUUUUAACAGAUAAAGAUAAAUUAGUAAAGCCUAAUGAUCAUUUUCCACCUGUCCUACAGGCAGAUCCCCAAUUUGGUUAUUUAAUGCAUGGUAAUCCUGAAUUCAUCUAUCCAACGUACCUUAAAAAUGGACGCCAAAAAGAGAAGCGGUAUAAAUGCCACAAAUGCCCUUCUGCUUUUGAAAAAAGAGAGCAAUAUAAGAUCCAUUUAUCAUUGCACGGCUCCAAACAAAGGUAUAAAUGUGAGUUAUGCGAUUAUUCAGUCAAAUAUUAUGCUAAUUACGUUCAACAUAUGCGAAAACACCAAAUGAACGAUGAGGCUCAAGCUGAGAGAAAGAAAGGUAACGACACGUUUAUGGAAUCUGAAAAUCAAGAAGAUGUUAAGCAAGAAGAUAGCAGUGAUAAUAUCAAACUUGCUAUAAAAACUAUGCCGAGGGGCGCUCCAAAGAGCGACUUCCAACAGUUCUCAAUUAGUGACCAGCAAACGUUAAGAUUACUGCAACGAAGACGGUCUAUGAAUAUUUCUGGUAAAGAUUUAAAUACAUCUGAUACGUCGCCGACCAAAGAGCGCAAAAUGCACAUGUGCAUAUUAUGUCCGUACGCUAAUCAGCGACAAGAUUCUUUAAAUAACCAUUAUAGACGACAUGAUGACUCUGAUGUUUUAAAUGCGGGAGGUCACAAAUGUCCUCAUUGCGAUCUAGCGGUUGUGCAAUCACAUUUUCUUCGUGAACAUCUGAAGACACACUUCAAUUACCAUAAAACUCUAAUUCCCGAAUGUUUUGUGGCUAAUGAAGAAGUUUCUUUUACUAUCACCAAGUUGGAUGACGAUAGUAAAGCAGUUGAUCUCAAAUUAGACAUACAAAACAAAAGUUUUGUAGACAAUGAUGAAAAGAUAUUUGUAAAAAUUAAAACUGGUGAGUUACUAGUGGAAUAAGUUUUAUCGUUACGUCUGAUAAGUGAUUAAAUUAUAAUUUAAACUAGAUUAGAAAUUGUUUACAACAAUGUAUAGUUUUAGCCUAAGCCAAAUGAAAAAUGUUGAUGUUCACCAAAGCAUAGCUUGCCAUAUUAGAAUGUAUCGAUUCUGGCCAUUUUGGGUAAUCGUUGGAACCAUAAAUAACAAAAUUAUAUUCCUUAAAUUAAAAGUAAAUCAAACUUGUAUCAGAGUUGCUAAGUGCUUUAAAUUGUAUUAACAAACAUUAUUUUAGAAUUUUUUAUUGUUACCAACAAAGCGAUUGUGACAUUUAUAGAAAUGUUAUGAACCUCAACUAAUGUUUUUAUUUAUGAAAGAAAUUCGUUAUCAAAAUUGCGAUUUCAGAUCAAUUGCGAUAUUUUGUUUUUAUAUCUUUGUAUCCAAUAUGAUUCUAAAAUACAAUAAAAGAUAUUGAUUGAGAAAAUUCAAUAUUUCUAUGCAUGAAUAGAAAGCUAAUUUGAAACACUGAAUAGUAAUUUAUAUUACAAUUAUGAUAAUGUGUAAUCAUAGUUUAUAUUAGUGCCAGUUUUAUAUACUUUAGGUAUGUCCUAAAGGACACAUUCCUGUUGUGCAAAAUGUUUUAUAAAUAUAUAUGAUUAUUCAAUAAGAAUUAGUUUAAUUAGAACUUUCCUUAUCUUCUUAAUAAAAAUGGAGAUCAUGGUGAAAUUAAAUGCUAAGUUCACUUAAAGCAGAUUCUUUUAUUUAAUUAAGUUUUAAACUAAGAUCACCUUAUCUACUAAACAUGAUUUCAAAGUCAAUGACAGUAGUAAGGUGUUGUUAAAAUAGCAAAAAACAGAAACCAUAAUUCAUCGUAAAUGUAAUAUUAUACUUGAUACAACACAGUAUCUCAUAAUGUAGGGUACACUAGUCACCUUAGGAUGGUUAAAAGCAGUCUUAACAGAAUUUCCAGCGAUUGCCGCAUUCAUUACAAAGUACAAAAGUAGUCAUAGGUUCAUCAGAACUUCUCGUCUGCAACUGGUUGUAUGUGCAGUUCUUCUUUUUGCAUUUGCCACACUUAAGCAUCUCAGUUUUUGUACCUUGUACUGUGGCCAACUGUGCAUCAUCAAUAGCUUCCUUAACAAACUUCUCCCUCAGUUUCUUCAUUUCAUCACUGGCCAUUUCUUCGGGAGCCAUCUUCGCGAGGCGGGAAGCAGAGAUCACACCAUUAAGAAAGUUUGUACGUAAUGUUGGAUUCUUAGGAUCUUUCAGAUUGGCCACUCUUGAUCUUACUCUGUUCUUAUAUCUCAUGUCAGUAUUCUUAAACUCAGCAUAAAUGCAUUCCUCUAAUUCUUCAGCCAGUUCCUCAGGGCUCCCACAGGAACUUGGGUUUUCACCAUCAACUUUAAGAGCUUGUGUGAGAAGUUCCCUACACUUCAGCCUUACAGCAUCAGUUGUAUUUGUUUGUGGGGGGAAAGAAGCGGGCAACUUCUUGUCUUUUUCCUUAUCAUCUUUUUUAUCUUUAUCCUUGCCUUCUUUUUUAGAUUUUGAGGAGCUGCCAUUAUCUUUGCCUGGGGUGCCUGGUGUCGAUAAGAAUUUCUUCCAAUUUUUAAUCAAGGUUUUGCAAAGAGAUAUUACUUCUUCAUCCUUACUGGAUUUACGAAGAUUAUUGACGGUCAUACCUAUUCUGGUUUUAGUCAACACGUCCAAAUUAAUAGCCAUGGUCUGUAACGAUUUCAGCAGGUCUAAGGCUUCUUCCUGACCCUAAAACAAAAGACAGAGAUUUAAGUUUAAUCUAGCAAUAGUUCCAUUUGAACUACGAGCAUGCAAUACAUAUCUGCUGCUGUAAAUAAAAC